AUGAUUACCAUGUACUCGAGAAUGUAUGGAGAUGAUAUUAAGUUCAACCCCCAACUAGCCACUGCAAUAGCUGGUGCAACAAAAGCAAGUAUUCCAAAGAACUUGAUCGAGGCUGCAAUUGCACGAGGCCAAGGCCGCUCAGCCACAGGCGCCCAGCUUGAGUCCAUGUCCCUUGAGGCUCUCCUGCCCCCUGACAUAGCAAUGGUCAUCGAUGCUGAAACAGACAACAAGACACGCACCCUUCACGAUCUUCGCCAUGUUGUGAAGAAGGCCGGCGGUGUAGUUGGAUCCACCACAUUCUACUUCACGAGACGUGGCCGAGCCGUUUUCAAAGCUAAAGAAGGCGGUCCCACACUCUCAGAGGUUUUGGAUGAGGCGAUUGAGCAUGAGGGACUGGAAGACGUCGAGGAACUAACAGAAGGCGAUUUCUUAGCCUGGACCCAGCCAAACGCCCUUUCAGCCAUCACUGAGGCGCUAUCCAAGAAAUUCGAGCUUGAGAUUCUGGAGUCGGAUAUUGUCUGGGCACCAAAUGAAGACACAAAGGUCAGUAUCGACGCCUCUGAGCAGGCUGAUUCUCUUGAUCUUCUCUUCAACGGCCUCAAGGAGUAUCCAGAGGUCAAGGCUAUUUACGCCAAUGUGCGCCAAGGAGCUGUCGAGGACGAAGAGUGGGACAAGGUUGAAAGAAACCUGGAUGUAUAA